AUUGAAUCUGGAGAAUGGGUUGUGGAACACAAACUUCGUACUGUUGGGGCUUUGUGGGCAAGUGGAAUUGUGGGCUCUAUGGCGUAUAAUUGGUCUCAACCCAAUAUGAAAACCAGCGUCAAGAUCAUUCAUGCAAGGUUGCAUGCACAAGCACUUACUCUUGCUGCGCUAGCUGGGGCUGCCAUAGUCGAGUAUUAUGACCACAAGACGGGAGCGAAAGCUGAACGAGUAGCAAAGUUUCUGGACCUGAAUGAACACCGACAGAGGGAAUAAACGUCAUCUUUCGAGCUUUAAGCUUCACAAAUUGUCCUACAGAAGAAUUGAACAUUAUUUUUUUUGUUUUGGGACGAAACGAACGAAGUCGCUCAUUUUUAAGGUUUUCAAAAUCAUUGCUGUUACUGGUUUGGUGUACAAGUAGAGACAGGUGUAGAUGGGAGCAUUCUGCUGAGCUCCAACAUGCAUGAGUUUUUGUUGGAAGAUUUUACUAAAUUUUUAUGCUUGAGUUAAUUCUUGAAA